AUGGACUCGUUUGAGGAUUUUCAAGUGACUCGAUUGCCGAAAUCGUCUAAAACAUCAGCUAUCCAGACCACCAGUUAUCAAAAUCAGAAUUACUCGACUACCAGUGACCCGGAUAGCGCUAAAGAUGACACGUAUGACAGGAUCCUGGAUCAUAUGUGGUACGAUAGAGACGACGAUAGCUUCAUGAUGCAUAAUAACUACGACGAGGAAAAUUCAUAUUACCUGAAGUCGAGAGAGAAGAAAAGGCUGGCACAAUUGCCACAAAAUGCACAACAUAUCGAGAGUCAGACAGGGAAGAGUAAAGAUAAUAAGAAGAGGUCGCAGAGGUACAUAGACGAUAGUCUGUGGGAGUUGAAUAAGCUGAAGCACGGAGGAGGAGGAAGUAAGUUGGCGAACGUGGAGCUGGAGCAUCUAAAGUCGUCAAACGUGCACAAGGACGAGAGCAAAAAGAUAGUGCUGGUGAGGAACGUGAUACCGCCCUUCAUCUACGAAGUCUACGGAACAGAUAAGGCGAAAACGAUCGAGGAGUUGGCGGACACAGGAGAGACGUUCAACGAGAUAUACAACAAGUUCCUGAACCAGUCAGUGUCGACAGUGAAGGAUCCGACCUCAGAUAUCGCAGUGAUGGCAAAAAAGGGGAGCAGCAUUUUGAGACAAAUAAAGGACGAACUGGAAAGAAGCUCCACAAGGACGAGGUUCUGGGACCUGUCAAAUUCGAAGAUCGGGAGUCUGAUCUACUCGAACGCAGGAGAAAACACGAGCUCUGACGCCGGUUCGUCGGAAAGAGUGGUCCAUGAGGCAGACAGGAGUAGAGUUGCGAGCGGAGGAAGGAGAGAUGAUCCAGUAAGAGAUAAGGAUUUGAACAGAGACCGCUACAUAAACAGCAUCAACGUGGACGAGGAUGAGGCGGAGUUGCUGAAGGUGAAGAACGACUUGGAGGAGGUGAGGAGGUCGCUGCCAGUGUAUCAGCACAAGCAUGAGAUCGUAUCGCUGAUACAGCAGUUCCAGGUCAUCAUACUGGUCGGAGAGACGGGAAGUGGAAAGACGACGCAGCUGCCGCAGUACCUGUACGAAAGCGGCUACGGAGAAAAGGGGCUUAUAGGGUGCACGCAGCCGAGAAGAGUAGCAGCAGUGAGCGUGAGCCAGAGAGUGGCGAGCGAGGUGGGAUCAAGGCUGGGAGACCUGGUGGGCUACUCGAUCAGGUUCGAGGACGUGACGAGCAGUAAGACGGUGGUGAAGUUCAUGACAGACGGAAUACUGCUGAGAGAGUCGCUGAUGGACCCGGACCUGGACAAGUACUCAGUGAUCAUCAUGGACGAGGCGCACGAAAGGAGCCUGAACACAGAUGUGCUCUUCGGAAUCCUGAAGUCGGUGCUGACGAGGAGGUGGGACUUUAGACUCGUGGUGACGAGCGCGACCAUCGAGGCGGACAAGUUCGCAAGCUUCUUCGGAAACUGCCCAAUCUUCCACAUCAAGGGGAGGACGUACCCGGUCUCAAUAGAGUACAUGCGGAGCGUGUCGAACGACUACGUGGAGUCGGCAGUGGAGAAGUGCAUAUCGAUACACAUAUCGCAGCCGCCGGGCGACGUGCUGAUAUUCAUGACGGGGCAGGACGACAUCAACAUCACGUGCGAACUGCUGGACAGCAAGCUGUACAAGCUGAUACAAAGCAGCAGCUCAGGUAAGAACGGCCUAAUAAACCCGUUUGUUGUACUGCCGAUAUAUUCUACGCUACCAAGUGAAUUGCAGCAAAAGGUGUUUAAAAAGUACCCGUACAGGAAGAUAAUAGUGUCGACGAACAUAGCGGAGACUUCAAUCACGUUUCAGGGCAUUAAGUACGUGAUCGACAGCGGUUACUGUAAGCUGAAGGUGUACAACUCGAAGAUAGGAGUAGAUUCGCUGCAAAUAUGCCCAAUCAGCCAGGCGGCAGCGAAUCAGAGAAGCGGAAGAGCAGGAAGGACAGGGCCAGGCGUGUGCUACAGACUGUACACGCAGAGGAUAUUCAUCAACGACCUGUUCGAAAACAACAUACCUGAGAUAAAGAGGACGAACCUGUGCAACGUGGUGCUGCUGCUGAAGUCGCUGAAGAUCGUUAACCUGCUCUCGUUUGACUUCAUAGACCCGCCCUCGAUCGAAGCGAUACUGUCGGCAAUGCUGCAGCUGUACAUACUUAGCGCAAUCGACGAGUUGGGGCAGAUGACGCCAGUAGGAAACAAGAUGGUGCAGUUCCCGCUGGAGCCGCCACUGUCCAAGAUCAUAAUCACGUCAAUAGACCUCGGAUGCCUGGACGAGCUGCUGACGGUGGUGAGCGUGCUCUCGUCGCCGAACAUCUACCUGGUGGAAAACACGGUGAACUCGGAGAGGGAGAGCACGAGCAGCCUGGAGAGGGAGAAGUUCAUGGUGCCGGAGUCGGAUCACCUGUCGCUGCUGAACAUAUACAACAACUGGAGGAACAGCGGCUACUCGCAGGGCUUCUGCAGCCAAUACAAGCUGCAGUACAAGUCGCUGAAGAGAUCGAGGGAGAUAAAGACGCAGUUGCAGGACAUCAUUGACUCAAAGUACAAGUACCUGACGGGGAAGGCAGGAGGAAGUAAGCAAGAAGCAGGUGAAGAUUACUAUUCGGACAGUGACUCGUUCGAGGAAGAACGAGGAGGGCACCGCCACCAUGGCCGUCACCGCGGCAAAUACAGGGAUGAUAACUAUGACCCUGAUCAUUAUCGAGAGGAUAAUUUUGGCCGUGAACACCGCCGGGAGAAUGACCAUGACAGAUAUUACCAUGAGGACAACAAAGACGAGCACCAACAGGAAGAAGCCAGUCUUAGGGAGGUCGUCAAGAACAUUGUGGACCUGAACAGCAAGGAGGACCUGGUGCGGAUGUGCAUCUGCAGCGGCUACUUCAACAACGCCUCGAAGCUCAAGGGCUUCGGCGAGUACUUUAACCUGCGGAGCUUCGCGCCGUGCUUCCUGCAUCCGACCUCUGCGCUCUACGGCAUGGGCUACACGCCGGAGUACGUCGUGUACCACGAGGUGGUGGUGACCACCAAGGAGUACAUGCGGUUCGUCACGACCGUAGAGCCGGAGUGGCUGUACCAGCUCGCGCCGAACUUCUUCUACCUCAAGAACCUAGAUAACUCUGAAAUGGUCCAGAAGAGCAUGGACAGAAUGGAGAACCAGAGACUCCUGCAGGACCUCAAGUUCAAGAAGAACGUAGCGGAGAAGCCGAAACAGGAGGCGAAGGUGGACGUGGUACACUUUGGCUCCAAACGACUGAAGAGAAGACCGCUGGAAAACGUACACUCAUUUUCAGCACAUUACUCACGCACUCCGUAUGGGCAUGUUAAAAUAGUCAUGUAUCUGCUUCGCCUCAGCCUCUGGCAGGAAGUUGCACAGCUCAUUCAAACCAAAUUCACUCAGAUGCAGCAGCGAUUUAGCCUAAUUCAGGGGUUAAUCUUAAAUGCAAAUGCGUAA